AUGCGUAUCACUCCACAUGCUCAAGACACUGGUGGUUUCUUUGUGGCUCUUAUUGAGAAAGUCGUUGAAAGCGACUUCGAUGGAAGUGCGGCCAAUGGACCUGCAUGGAAAAAAAAGAAGAUGUUCAAAGAUGAACCGUUCACAUUCUUGAAAUUGGACGAUGAGAGAUGGCGCGACAUUCACAACCACUAUGGUGUCGACGAGACGUUCCAGUACCAGAAUCUCUUCAGUAGAAGACUCGAAUCUAACGAUGCGAACAGUCGUCAGCUGUUCUACGCCAACGAUGCAGUCAAAAACUUCGUGAAGGAGAACAUGGCCAAAGUUUCAAUUCAAAACGCCGGAAUGAAAAUGUUCAGUAGAACGGAAGGAAAAGUUGAAAACACCCGAUUCCGUUUGUCGCAAGAAGGAAUCCGUUAUCUGUUCAAAUUUAUGAAUAAACAAAAGGUCAAGAUUGGAGCAGAAGACAUGUUGUACAUGCUGAAAUCGGAAGAAAAUCUUGUUCCACUGGAGAAGUUGGAAUGCAAGACAGAUGUUCGUAAGAAUCAAAAUGGAACCGUUGUUGUUUACUGUGAUGAAGAUGAACCUGUUUGUACUUGGGUCGGCUACCAUACAAUUGCUCCAUACAUUUCUAAAGAAGAACGGCUUCACUUGUUGAGAAUGAUGGGUGUAGAUUGUGCCGAGAUUGAGUUGUUAAUGAAGAGCAAACGCAAGGAAAAGGCAGCUCAAGAUCGUGAAGCCGCUUGGCAACGUAAGCUUGAAGAAGAAAAAACUGCAGGUCAGCCGUCAACUUCAUCAGAUGGCGCUCCCACAGAGCAAAUCUCAGAAUCUCCAGCAGAGAAUAUACAGGAAAUGGCGGACGCUGAGCCAGCUCAAUAG